AAGAGUUCGUUCUUCAAAACAACAUGAUAGUGACUAAAGUAAAGCUCUUGAGCAGCGACGGCCAGAUCUUUGAAGUAGAUAUUGAAACCGUUAAAAUGUCCACCUAUGUCAUGAACAGACUGCAGAAAGUCCGUUACGAAGAAGUUGUGAUGGUGCAUCCACCUAAGCCCAUCGCUGGAGCUAUCCUGGAGAAGGUCAUCCAGUGGAUGGAAUAUCAUAAGAACGAUCCAGUUCCUCCAAAAAAAGACGACUUCGAAGCGCCGUCCAUGGAUGUUCCUGAUUGGGACCUUGAGUUCUUCGACGUCGACCCGGUCACCUUCCUUGGCAUUAUUCGCAUCGCCACUUGCCUAGAAAUCAAAGCCCUCGAAGAUGUCGCCGCUAAAAUCAUGGCCACAAAGCUUACCGAAAAAACUGGUUUCCAAAUGUUCAACGAAUUCUUCUUUGAUCUAAAUGAAAAAAACUCGAUAAAACUUGGAAUGUCUUAAUUUAAUAUUUUUAUUAUUUCUUUUUUAUUUUUAAUUUUUUAGGUGGAGUGUAGAAUAUUUUCAUGCAUUUUUUUUUCAAUUAUAGCUUUUAAAGUUUGUAACUGGUUUAAUGUCUGCUGUCUAUGAAAACAAUUGUAACCUUCAUAAGUUUUAAUAAAUUAUAGCUUCCAUUUUAA